AGGAGCCUCGUUUCCGCGGCAUGUUAGAAGGAAGUAAUAUCUCUGCGGACGUGAAAUUCACCUAAUUCACCUCGUCACAUGGGCACUCGACACACGCCCCCUACUCAAGACUGUACAUGUCAGGGCUCCUCGCAGCAUCUCUGAAUGGACAUUAACACCGUGGAUUUCACAACUUCCAGCAACGUCGGUAUCACUGAUCAAAGUCUCCAACAUCGCACUUAGCGAGCCGUGUGCAAAACCCACCCCUUUUACAUACAGCCCUUGCGUGUAUGAGCAGUUGACACUGGGAAACCUACCAACAUGGACACUAGUCAAUACCAAGUUGGCGCACCCCCAGCCGGUGCUGUUGGUGCGGUACCAGGUCAAGGACCACCGCCCCCAGCUCAGGCGUCGAACUACGGGGCGAUGAAUCCCAACGAGAAGGGCGAGCCUGGCACACUCCCUGGGGGACAGGCAGCUCCCACCCCCUCCGCCCCCUCCCUCAAUGAGAUGGACAACGUAGGGGGAUACGAAGGGGUCGGCUUCUCUGGCAGUUGCCUUCCUCCCCCGUCGUAUGAUGAGUCGGUUCAGCCCCCAGCAGAGAGACCGGAGAUCAAGGGGGUGGACGUAGUGAACGAAGACCAGGCCCGCGAGGCACUGCUGAUGUAUGUGGCGGAGCACUGCUGUUACGGGAAGGGCGCUGCCGAGACGAUGAAGUUCACCCAGCUGCAGCCCACCAACGCCUUCCAUUACACCCUUGAGACAUUCUGCGAGUCGCGGUCAACUUCUUGGGCCUUCGAGCCUUUUAGUGGUCAGAUUCUAGACACCCCGGCAAAUGGCCCCGCCCCGGGGCCUUGGGACAUCACCCCCAGCCCCGGCCCCACAAUGUUCCAAGACGGCAAGAUGGAACUUGAGGUACCACACACAGCAUCUGUCAAGGCUUGUCACAACUGCUGUGCCUCCGGAUGGAUCCAGUGUAACAAGUGCUUCGGUUUAGGGAGGGAACAAUGCACGUUUUGUAAUGGUCGUGGGUGUUCGAGGCAGUACAUCGACGGCGACUGGGUUGACCGCAGCUGCACCAGCUGCAACGGAAGAGGGAUGAGGACAUGUCACCGUUGCCAUGGUUGCGGACGCGUCACGUGCCCGUUGUGUGACGGCAAAACCCGACUGAAGUGCUACAUCAAGCUGACUAUAUUAUGGGUGAACCACGUCAAUGACCACAUCGUGGAGAGGACGGAGCUUCCUGACCACCUGAUCCGUGAGGUGACAGGUCACCAGGCCUUCCAGGAGACAGCCCCCAGGGUGUUUCCAGUGAAUCACUUUCCGGAUCAGGAAAUCAACAACGCUUCCAAGACUAUCGUGGGGUCUCACGCAGGGGCCUUCCCAACAGAGCGUAUGCUGAUGCAGCGCCACCAAGUACGGAUUGUGCCCGUCACCCAGGCCUUCUUCCACUGGAAGGAGUCGGAUGCGGACUUCUUCAUCUAUGGCUUUGAGAACAAGGUUUACGCCCCUAAAUACCCACAGACCUGCUGUUGGGGCUGCAACAUCCUCUAGAGAUACAGAUCAAACUAUCAACCCCUGGAGAAGUCCGGGACCAACAAGCUCCAGAGAUACACCAGACCAACAUUCCCCAGAGACACAUCAGACUAUCAUCCUCGUGACACACCAGACCAACAUCCUCGAGACACAUCAGACCAACAUCCUCCAGAGACAACAGACCAACAUCCUCUAGAGCAACUCCAGACCAUCAUCCUCUAGGGCCCCUCCAGACCAACAUCCUCCAGAGAUACACCAGACCAUCAUCCUCUGGAGCCACACCAGACCAACAUCCUUAAGAGACCUGCCAGAUCAACACGCCCCUGAGGUUCAGCAAACCAACAUCCUGGAGAUACUCACACCCCAGAGAUUCGCCAGUCCAAAAUCCCUUAGAGACACGCCAUACCAAUAUCAUCCAGCUUAACACAUACACAUCUGCGCUUGAAGAAACAUCUGGAAAACCACAUUUUUAACAAACACUUUGAAGCCAUCUACCGUUCUAUACUGUGAGCAUCAUGAACUAAUUCCUACAUCUAUAGAAGACAUCUUGGAAUGUUCGAGUCACCUUGUCUGUUAAACAGUUCGUGUCAUCAGUAUGAAGUAUGUGUUAGCGACGACGACAAAAACAUUCUAUCCCUUGGGCCCGUUCCACAAAGCGAUCUUAGCGUUACACCUCUCGCCUAUCAGUGUAUAAGUAUGAGUUACUGAGCAAUAUGUAAGACUGUACGUUAGACGAUGAGACAAAAGAGUCGACAAUACGUUUUCAAUAGGAUCAAAAUGCUUCGGUGUCGUGAGACAAUUCGCUAAUGUUGCUUUGGUUUCUUUGUCACAAUGCUAACUCCCUGUUAUGUAGUGUUACAAGUUGUAGGCGAGCCUCUCGCCAAUGAGGUUCCAAGCAAUGAAAAUUAACCCGACCAAAUGGCGCUAAGAUAAUCCUAAUAAAUCAAACGUUAACAGUGUGCGGAAUAGCCACUGGACAAAUCCAGUCGGGCCACAGUCACUGGUCCGACUGGCUGGUGGAUUAUCAUGGGGUCAUUUUGUAAAUAUAUCACUCUCCCCGACGUUAUAAUACACUUUUAAAUCAUGCAAGAUCAUGGCCUGAUGAAAAAUGUCAGCAGCUUAAUGACGAAACCCGUCAUGUCGACAAUAUCUUAUUCUCAUCCAUUUUUGUAAUACUUUUCUUAGUUUCUACAUUCAGAUUUCGGGCUCGUGAAUUAUUUUGUGGGCUAGUAACUUUAAGGCAUAACUAGCCAGACCGGCUAGCAAAAUUAGGACUGACUGACUGACUGAGUUUGGUUUUACGCCGCUUUUAGCAAUAUUCCAGCAACAUCACGGCGGGGGACACCAGAAAUGGGCUUCACACAUUUUACCCAUGUAGGGAUUCGAACCCGGGUCUUCGGCGUGACGAGCCAACGCUUUAACCACUAGGCUACCCCACCGCCCCCAGCAAAAUUGGGAAACUAUUUCACACACUGAGCGUUAAGACUGUAGUAACGGGGCCCAGGUUCUUUUGCGUCUAAGCAGCAUUUAAUGAGAAAGCUUUACCUGAUCCUUUGUGAUAGCUAUAUGUCUAGCAUAGGCUUUUAUUUGUACAGUACACUCUUGUAUAACUCGCGAACUGACCUUUAAGGGGGCUUCUAAUCCUUUCAUUUAUCCAGUUAUUACCGACAUUUCCAACCAAAGUUGAAUCUAACUGUCGGUGACAAUGUGCCAUUAAUUAGUCAGCCGUUCCGCAAAAUGUGCUUCUUGUAAGGAAAUUGUCUAACGUCAAAUUCUGUCUACAUUAACUCAUUGCAUCAAUGUUGCUGCGUGUAUAUACUAUACCGCCAUUUGGCCAAAAAAUACACAAUGUAUGCAAGAACGUACUUAUGUCGGUGCAUAAUCGUAAGAAAUAUCCCCUACCAUUUUAAUGGCAUAUAUAACGAGAUAUUUUUAUAUGUAUAUCAAUGUGAUCAAUAAAACGCUUGUCUUUCCA